AUGCCAUGCCAGAAUCACGCAGCAAUCUGCAACGCUGCAACGCAUCUGAUUUUUUGCUGGCACAGGGUCAAGGCAAGCGGUCAGUUUGUCGGUCAGGAGCAGCCUCAGAAGAAAAAGAAGUCCACGGGCUUUGGAGAGGGCCUGACUGUCAGGGAAUCCAAGAAAGAGAGGCCUGGGCACGGGUGCUUUGCCGAGAUAAGAGAACUUUUUGUUCAUUUUGCUUUGCAGGUCCAGCAAGAUGCCACAGGAAGUUCCUGUCACCUUCGGCAUUGGAAACGGGCCGGGGCCAUAGAUGCGGCACCAGUAGAUUCUCAGUAG